AUGGUGAAAAUGAAUGCCAAAGAAACACUUGUUGUACUCUUUGCAUCUUUCUUGUUCCUAUCUUGUGGCUAUGCACAAGAUACUAUUGUACCAGCUAUCAUCACAUUUGGUGAUUCUGCUGUGGAUGUAGGGAACAAUGAUUAUCUUCCUACUAUUUUUAAGGCUAACUACCCUCCUUAUGGGAGAGAUUUUGUUAAUAAACAGGCUACUGGAAGGUUUUGUAAUGGAAAAUUAGCUACUGAUAUUACAGCUGAAACACUUGGUUUUAAGAAUUUUGCACCGGCCUAUCUCAGUCCACAGGCAACAGGGAAGAACCUCCUUACCGGAGUAAACUUUGCUUCAGCUGCAUCUGGUUAUGAUGAAAAGGCUGCUAUCUUGAAUCAUGCACUUCCAUUGUCCCAACAGUUAAGUUAUUUCAAGGAAUAUCAAGGCAAGUUAGCUCAGGUUGCUGGCAGUAAAAAAGCUGCAUCAAUCAUCAAGGGUUCGUUGUACUUAUUGAGCGCUGGAAGCAGUGACUUUGUACAAAACUAUUAUGUUAAUCCUUGGAUCAACAAAGUAGUCACUGUUGAUCAGUAUUCUUCUUACCUACUAGACUCAUUCAACACCUUCAUUAAGGGUUUGUAUGGACUAGGAGCAAGGAAAAUUGGAGUGACUUCACUUCCACCAUUGGGGUGUCUACCAGCUGCAAGGACUUUAUUUGGUCACCAUGAGAAUGGUUGUGUCUCAAGAAUCAACACUGAUGCACAAGGAUUUAACAAGAAACUUAACUCAGCUGCAUCAAAUCUUCAAAAGCAACAUCCUGGUCUUAAGGUUGUGAUUUUUGAUAUUUACAAGCCUCUCUACGACCUUGUUCAAAACCCCUCAAAUUUCGGUUUCGCUGAGGCGGGGAGAGGAUGCUGUGGUACAGGAACGAUCGAAUUAACAUCACUAUUGUGCAAUACAAAGUCACCAGGAACUUGUUCUAAUGCAACUCAGUAUGUGUUUUGGGACAGUGUUCAUCCUUCAGAAGCUGCUAAUCAAGUUCUGGCUGAUUCUUUACUCGUACAAGGCAUAUCUCUCAUCACAUAA